AUGGCCGGUACCCCGGAUCCUCGCGAAGGACUGAGUCCCUCACCGACCAACAUGCUUGAUAUCUUUUCCGUCGACGAUGACGAUGAUGACGGCGAUAGUUUCCACCCGACCGAGGAACAAAGUACCGAUGCAGAUGGCACGCAGGACGAAGACAGCGAUGCUGAUUUCACCGACGCCCACGAGACGCUACACGGCAUCGAAAUAAUCUACGAGGGCGGAGACGACGACGACGACGACGAGGCAGAUGAAGAGGAGGGAAAUCACACUGAAACCGAAAAUGAUGGCACUGAACCCGGCGCAAGAACUAUCCGAUCAGCACAGGUGACUGUCAACGACAUCCGCGGCCUUCUAAAUACCAGUGCGCCUCUUCGGCAGCUCAUUUUGAGUCGUUACCGCCUCAUACGCCCGAACGGAGCGCUCUUCGACGUCGACGACGAUGACGACGAUGAGGAGCCGUACGUAUACGGCGGUUUCAGUCGCCGUCGCCGGGUCCAACGCCACAAGCCAAAGGGCGACCGCUUCCCCAAAGUUCCCAGCGAGGCGGGAACGGCGUUGAUGAACUCUGGCACCUAUGGUUAUCGAGACACAUACUUGGACAUCCGACUGAAGAGACGGCGCACAGUCAAUGAACGCCUGCUAUGGCGUCGUCUAGGGUUAGAGGCACGGUCCACUAUGAGACGACAAAACAACCUCAUCGCCCAAGAACAAGUACCCAACACUACCACUGCAGACAGGAUCAUCCACUAUGACUCACGAGCCUACUCAGGUCAAUUUUCCGACGAUGGGAACUUCUUCUUUAGCUGCACGCAGAAUUUCAAGGUUCGUAUGUACGACACGUCUAACCCUUACGAUUGGAAAUACUACAAGACGGUGGAUUACCCCUUCGGACAAUGGACGAUCACGGAUGCUACGUUGAGCCCGGAUAAUAAGUUCCUCGCAUAUUCGUCGAUUCGACAUACCGUUUGUCUCGCCCCGACCGACCCAACGGACCACUCUGACCACACUUUAUUGGAUUUCACCAACUUCGCUCCCGGAGCAGGGAUGGGCCGACCGACCUACGGGUACAUGGGUCGGCAUGGCUUUGGUAUCUGGUCCUUGCGUUUCAGCGGUGACGGACGAGAGAUUGUCGCCGGAACGUCGGAUCAUUCGGUCGUGGUGUACGAUCUAGAACGUCGCCAGUCGACUGUUCGUCUAUCGAACCACGAAGACGACGUCAAUGCGGUCUGUUUCGGCGACAAGUCCUCACCUCACAUCCUUUACUCGGGCAGUGACGACCAAACGUUGCGAGUGUGGGACAGACGAUCAAUGGCCGAUGGCCGUCCCGCCGGCAUUUUCGUCGGCCAUACAGAAGGUAUCACGUAUGUUGACUCCAAGGGCGAUGGCCGUUAUGUCCUGUCCAACGGCAAGGAACAAAUGAUGAAACUGUGGGACCUGCGGAAGAUGAUAUCUCCGAACGAAUUUUCGAGGAUCGACAUCCACUCCUACACCACGAACUUUGACUAUCGAUUCUCCUCGUACGAUGAAGACGACUAUGUCCCCAAUCCCAAAGAUUGCAGUGUGGUAACCUUCCGAGGCCACUCGGUGCUCAAGACACUGAUCCGAUGUCACUUCUCGCCACCCGGGUCGUCAAACUCUCGUUAUGUGUACAGCGGAAGCGAAGAUGGGAAAGUAUAUAUCUGGAACAUGGACGGGACCCAGAAAGCCACAAUCGACGUCUAUGCUGCGACGAGACAUACAAGACCGAGAAACGAUGGGAGUGACGGGUUCGGUGGCGGAGGGUAUGGUUACGAGCUACAUGGGCACCAUAAUAGUGUGUGGAAGACGUGCGUCAGGGAUGCCAGCUGGAGUCCCACUGCACCAGUUCUAGCAGCCACGUCGUGGAACGGUUGGGGUAUGGCUACGGGCACAGUCUCAGUACAUUCCUGGAACGACGGCGCCGAAGACGACGAAGCCCUCCCCGCCAUGUCCUCAAACUAUAACGCCCGCCUUGACCCCAGAGAGGACUUUGACAAUGCCAUGCGUCGUGCCCGCGGCGGAGGACGGGGCGAUACAGCAGGGAGUGGACCCACCACGACGCGCAGUCGCGCCGAGGGAAGAGGUCUGAGAAGCUUUCUCGUCAGGCCGGCCUUGUUUGGUGGGAACAACGAGGGCGGCACAGGGGGUAGAGCCUCUUGA